AUGAGCAACCCGUACUAUAAUGGCGGCGCCAAUGGUGCCGGCGCUAACCACAACACAAACUCGUAUGAAAUGAACGCUUUUAAAUACGAGGAGGCCGACGACUUCGUCGAGUUCAUGAACGAGAUCCAGGACAUCAACCUGCAGCUAGACAACUACUCGAACUUGGUGGACUUGAUUGCCAACAAGCAGAAAAACCAUCUUCAGGACUUGGAUUUGAACGACGACGGCGACGAGGGCGAGUACAUGUCCAAGCAAAUCGACCUGCUUGUUUUGGAGGCCUCCAGCUUGCAGAGCGACUUGAAGUCGCGCAUCAAAAACGUGCAAACCCAGGCGGCCCAGCUGAGAAACCCCCAGAAAAUCGACCAGGCCGAGACCUCGCGCAACAAGUUCUUGGACUUGAUCCAGCGCUACCGCUUGACCGAGAGCAACAACCGCGAGCAGACCAGGGUGCAGGCCGAGAGGCAGUAUCGGAUCGUGAAGCCGGACGCCACGCCCGAAGAAAUCCAGGCCGUGGUUGAGGAUGGCUCCGGCAACCAGCAGAUCUUCCAGCAGGCGUUGAUGCAGCUGAACCGCCGCGGCGAGGCCCGCACGGUGUUGAACGAGGUGCAGGUGCGCCACCGGGAGUUGUUGAAGUUGGAGAAAACCAUGGCGGAGUUGACCCAGUUGUUCCACGACAUGGAGGAGUUGGUAGUGGAGCAGGACCAGCCCAUCCAACAGAUCGAGCAGCAGAUCGACACGGCGCAGCACGACAUCGAGCAAGGUGUGGGCCACACCAACAAGGCCGUGGUGCUGGCCAAGAAGGCGCGCAAGAAGAAGAUCUGGUGCUUUUUCAUCUGUAUCAUCAUCCUCUGCAUCCUUGCGCUUAUCUUAGGUCUCUACUUCGGUUUGAGGAAGUAG